AUGGCUACUGCUUCAAUGAAAUCAUCAUCACACUAUGAAAAUAAAAGUUACACGCAGCAGUAUACGGGUUCUGGUUUCUCAUCAAAUGACGAAGAUACGGCAAACUAUCAACGGAAUCAUAAAAAUCAUAAACCAAUAACUAUGGAAAAAAAGACUAAAUAUACAUUUAAUGGUAAUGGUAUUCAUAAUAAAACAGAGCAAGAAGAAUGUUACUUAUCCGAAAAAGAAGCAAAUUCAUCGGUUUGGAAAGUAGCAACUACAAAGGACCUUGUAUCAUGGAAUUCAUAUAAGGAUGAAUUUGCCAAAAGUGAAAUAUAUUUUUCCUACAACGAAAAUGAACAUCAAAUUGAAACAAAAGACUUUAGUGAAACGUCGGAAUACUCAAGUUCCGGUCAUGAUUUUAAAUGGUCAUCUAAUACUGUUAAAUAUUUCAAUUCUAAAUUCGCCAUAACGACUUGUACCAAUGAAGAUAAACAAAUGGAAAUUAUUCAUGUUAUUAAGAUUACAGUUCAAGUUUCUGCUGAAGAUCGUGAAAUGAUAAUUAGAUGUCUUAAAUUAAAUGCUCUUGAAAGCGAUGCUACCGAAAUUUGCUUAAGUCAAGAAAGCGAUGGUUCUUUAUCUAUACAUAAAAUAAUCUCUGACCAUCUCAAAAUUGAUUCUGAUUCAAUUGAAGAUACCGUUAAAGGUCUCACCUUUUUUGUUGGUGGAUUUGAAGAAUUAAAGAAUAUCCAUCAUUAG